AUGCCUACCAAGAAGCCGUGUACCAGGAAGUCGGUUCUGAAACUCCUCAUUACUAAGCUGAAGGAGAUUGAGUUGGCCUUCAAGGACAUCUGGCGUUUCACGGAGAAAAUCCAGGAUACAACGACCACUACACAGAUCAAUCUACGGUUGGAGAAAAUCGACGAACUGUGGGAGAGGUAUGGUGCUACUCUCGUCGAGCUUAAAUCGCAAGAUGACUUCGACGAUGAAAACGACGAAUUCGAGAUACAAAGACAGGAGUUUAGCGACCGUUACUAUCAAGCAAAAUCCAUAUUAAUAGAUCAGGCUAGGGACAGGCAGGAACCUACAUCGUUGAACCAAUCCAUCCGUGGUGCUGAACCAUCAGUAACAGCCACGCUUGAUCACGUUCGUCUUCCGCAGAUUAAGCUGCAAUCGUUCAACGGGGAGAUAGACGAGUGGUUGAGUUUCCGGGACUUAUUCACUUCUUUGAUCCAAUGGAAGACGGAUCUUCCAGAGGUAGAAAAGUUCCACUACUUGAAGGGAUGUCUGCAAGGGGAACCGAAGACGUUGAUCGAUUCGUUGCAGAUCACCGCUGCCAAUUACCAAGUUGCAUGGGCUAUGCUGUUGAAGCGGUACAACAACAGCAAGCAACUGAAGAAACGCCAAAUCCAAUCUCUCCUCAAGUUACCCACCCUAUCCAAGGAAUCCGCUAACGAGUUGCAUAGUCUAGUUGAAGGGUUCGAAAAGAUUGUGCAAACGUUGGACCAGAUUGUACAACCGGUUGACUACAAGGAUCUCCUACUGGUUAAUCUGUUGACGUCUCGUCUAGAUCCGUCCACUCGCCGGGGUUGGGAAGAGUUUUCUUCGACCCAGGAACAGGACACCCUCAAGGAACUUCUCGAAUUUCUCCAACGGCGAGUUCGCAUAUUGGAAUCCUUACCGUCCAAGACUGCAGAUCCUAUGAAAUCAUCGAACCAUCCACAACCACCAAGGCAAAGGAGCACUGCAGUCAGGACUAGCCUCAACACUGUCCAAGCGUCCGGAUGGCGUUGUUUUGCCUGCGCUGGAAAUCAUCCACUGUUCCAGUGUGGCUCAUUCCAACGGAUGUCAGUGACGGAUAAGGAUUCGUUACUGCGGUCCCAUUCGUUGUGUAGGAACUGCUUCAGACAAGGACAUCAGGCAAGGGAAUGUCAGUCGAAGUACUCGUGUCGGAAUUUUAAGGGUCGACACCACACGUUGGUCUGCUUUAAACCGGAUAGGGACUCCAACUCCAAGGCAUCAACCAAGGGCAGCAACGUAUCCAAGGAAGCUUCGGAAUCCAGUCCAUCCUCCAGACAAUCAACAUCCUCUUCCACUCCUCAAGUAGCUAACUUGUCAGCUACUGACAGCUUGGUGGUAGGUACAGUCCACCAGUGCUCAUCCAAGGUUUUGCUGGCUACAGCGGUUGUCGUAGUUCAGGAUGAUGACGGCAAUCGGAUGCCAGCACGAGCUCUUCUAGAUUCUGGAUCGGAGAGCAAUUUUAUCUCAGAACGUCUCAGUCAGCGUCUGAAGAUUACUCGCCGUAGGGUGGAUAUUUCGGUUCUUGGCAUUGGUCAGGCAGCUACCAAGGUCAAGCAACAAGUCACGGCAAUGGUUCGAUCACGGUUGUCAGAGUAUUCACGCCAAAUGAACUUCCUAGUUUUGCCUAAGGUUACGGUGAACCUGCCGACUACCACCAUCAACACAUCCGGUUGGACACUUCCAGAAGGAAUCGAGCUUGCUGAUCCAUCGUUCUGUAUAUCCUCAGGGGUGGAUCUCGUCCUGGGAAUAGAAGCAUUCUUCGACUUCUUCGACUCGGGUAGGAAAAUCUCGCUUGGAGAGCGACUUCCAGCGUUACACGAUUCAGUCUUUGGUUGGGUAGUCAGUGGAGGAUACACCGAAGGCAACCAUAGUAUGCAAAUCAACUGCAACAUGGCAACAACGGAUCGUUUGGAGGAACUACUAUCCCGAUUUUGGUCCAUAGAGGAGGUUGAGUCAAUCAACAAUUAUUCUCCAGAAGAAUCCCGCUGUGAAGCAAUGUUUGCGAGUACGGUGCAGCGUGGAGCGGACGGCCGCUAUUCUGUUUCCCUACCCAAGGACGAAAACGUCAUUUCUCGGAUGGGCGAAUCUAUGGAGUACGUGCAAUUAGGUCACAUGCGGAAGGUCGAAGGACAACAAGGAUCCAUUAAACGUUGUUUUCUUCCGCAUCAUCCGGUGGUGAAGGAGGCCAGCACCACCACCAAGGUUCGCGUGGUGUUUGACGCGUCUUGUAAAACGUCUACGGGAUUGUCGUUGAACGAUGCAUUGCUGGUAGGGCCAGUAAUACAGCAAGAUCUUCGAUCCAUCAUCCUUCGUUGCUGCACAAAGCAAAUCAUGUUAGUCGCCGACGUGGAGAAAAUGUUCCGCCAGAUCUUCGUUAUUUCCAUAGAUCGACCACUCCAAUCCAUCUUCUGGCGUUCAUCAACAUUAGAGGAGGUAGGAAUUUACGAGCUGAACACUGUCACUUACGGAACGAAACCAGCUCCGUUCCUAGCAACUCGCACACUCAACCAGAUGGCAAUCGACGAAGGCUAUCGAUAUCCAUUGGCAGUUGCUGCGAUUACCGAAGAUACGUAUAUGGAUGACGUGAUAACGGGCUGCGAUACUCUGGAGGAGGCCAAGAAGCUGCAGAUUCAGCUAGACGGAAUGACGAGCAGCGGUGGUUUUCGGCUCAGAAAAUGGGCAUCCAACUGUGCAGAAGUCUUGCACGGAAUUCCCGAAGAGAAUCUUGCGAUCCGUGCAUCCGAAGGAAUCAAUCUCGAUCCAGACCCUUCCGUCAAGGCGUUAGGACUAACAUGGCUCCCUAAUUCCGACGUUUUCCGAUUUCAGUUUGAAAUUCCGCCGAUCAAUCCAGACGAAGUACUCACCAAACGUCAGGUCCUCUCGAUCAUCGCCACCUUGUUUGAUCCAUUGGGAUUCAUCGGUGCCACUAUUACAGCUGCUAAGGUCUUCAUGCAGCUUUUGUGGACUUUGGAGGAUGAAGACGGCAAGAGGUUAAAUUGGGAUAAGCCGAUACCUUCAAUGGUGGGUGAGUCUUGGAGAAAUUUUCACGUCCAACUACCGAUCCUCAACGAUAUCCGCAUAGAUCGUUGUGUGAUCAUUCCUCAAGCCAUGGAGAUCGAGAUUCACUGCUUCUCGGAUGCGUCGAUGAAGGCAUACGGUGGAUGCCUAUAUAUUCGAAGCCAGGAUCAGGAUGGAAAUGUCAAGGUUCAACUACUCACUUCCAAAUCCAAGGUUGCUCCUCUGAAAUCCCAAUCAAUUCCUCGAUUGGAGCUUUGUGGUGCACUGGUAGCUGCACAAGUUUUCGAGAAGGUUCUACAGGCUACCAAACUUACUGUUCGCACGACGUUUUGGGUAGAUUCAACGUGUGCUCUUCGCUGGAUACAGGCUUCUCCGUCUACUUGGUCUGUAUUCGUCGUAAACAGAGUAGCGAAAAUCCAGGCGAUUACGGAAGGUUGCGAAUGGAGGCACAUUGCGGGUGCUGACAAUCCGGCAGAUUUGGUUUCGAGGGGAAUCGGACCGAAAGAGAUACUCAACAACAAUUUUUGGUGGCAUGGGCCGAGCUGGCUAGCUCAGGAUCGAAACACUUGGCCAAUCUCAGCGAACCUUCUGUCUGAGGGGGUGUUCGAAGAGGAAAAAAGACGAACGGCAGUUGUCACCUCAGCUUCAGCGGUUGAAGAGUUCAACGAAUGGUUCAUUUCCAAGUCAACUUCCUACACAGUACUGGUUCGGCGCAUCGCCAUAUGGUUGCGAUUGAUGCGGUCACUUCGAAACUCAAGGGAAAAUCGAUCGACUGGAUUCCUGUCGUCAGACGAGUUACGCAAGGCGGAGUUCGUUCUCAUUCGGAAGGUCCAGAAAGAAACGUUUCCAGAAGAGCUGAAGGCUUCAGUAUCCAGUACCGCAACCCACGCCGGGCCUCCGUAUCUGAGGAUAGAUACUACGACCCCGGCGAGGAGCCUGCGCUUACUGGCACUCACCGCCGCGCUGUUUAAUAUCGUGCGGGAUAAUGCCCCCACAGCCGUAGACGCUCUCUUGCAGGUGUACUCGACGUGGCAGCCGAAGCUGAGCUUAUCAUCGAGCAUAACCCCCAAGAGUUUCAGAGAGCGCACAGACCUAAUUGUGCUCUCGCCAACUGUCAACGUCGCAUACUGCACCGACAUGCGAUUGUUGACUACGACCACCUCCGUCUUGUGA